AGCGCUCCAGUCAGAAACUCAGUUGUCAAGAAGUACAUGCAAAACAAAUCGAGAGACAACUCAGUAGAAGUAAGGAUCUAGGAGUGAGGAGAGAGAAAUAAUACCUGGUCGCGUGAGUGCGGUGCUUUGUGUUUUGAGCUGAAUGGGAGGAGUAUUUUGGUGAAUUUUCAUAUGAACUAUUGCACCCAAGAGUACUUUGGACCAUAAGACAGUCGAUUCCCCUCAUGAUUCACUCUUCAAUACCGCAGAAGUAGACUGCAUUGGGUUCAAACCUUUCUUCCAUUGGAUUUGGGUCUCCCGCAUUUUCAAAGAGUGCUUUCUCGAACGUCCCAGGCCUCUGCUCGGCCCCUUUGGAUCGGCCUAACUUUGCCUGCACUUCCUCAUCAGAAAGACAACCAUAACAGUGAAAAAGCAGGUUGUAUCAGUCCGAAACGUCAUCAUUCUCAAUACCUAAUCAGAUUUUGAGCUAUCCCUGGUCCCUGGUCCGUGAUCCGCAGUCCGUGAUCCCCAAACCCUUUAUCACAAUGGAUCAGGUUCCUCGUUUCGUCUUGGAGGAGAAAAUCCCACCCGAGCUGAUGAUCGACGAGAAAGAGGCCCAGAUCCAUCGACUGGAUAGCUUGAGCUUGUUGCUCUACAUGUGUCUCUUGGCAUUGACCGUGCUCACCAUUUGGUGCUUCAAGCAUCGACGCAUUCGUUAUGUACACGAAACUGGAUUGGCCGUGAUCUACGGCUUAGUCAUUGGUGCUGUGAUCCGGUAUGCCAUCACGUCCGAGGAUGUCACUUCCAUGCGGGUCAAGCCCGCUCAUCGAAGCGAUUUGACGAAUGGCACACGUUAUGGGCCGCCGGAUUUCCUCCUUCUUUCCGUUCAAGAUAUUCCGAGUAAGAGGGCUCGCCAGAAGCUCCUCAAUCGCACGUUGGCCUAUUCGUUUAAGGGAGAAGUCAAGGAUAUUUCCCGGGUGAACGAGGUCGACCAGAAGACCACUUUCGACCCGGAGAUCUUCCUGAACGUGAUUCUUCCCCCUAUUAUAUUCCACGCUGGUUACAGCAUGAAACGGCGGUUCUUCUUCCGCAACAUCGGUUCCAUUUUGGUGUUUGCCUUCGUGGGCACGACUAUUUCAACCUUCGUGGUGGGAGGUAUUGUCUAUGGGGUAACGCAGAUCUUUCCUCAUUUGGCUCACACCUUCAGCCUCUUGGAUGCUUUGCACUUUGGGGCCAUGAUUUCGGCCACCGAUCCCGUGACAGUGUUGGCCAUUUUCAAUGAUCUGCACGUUGAUGUGAACUUGUACGCUUUGGUGUUCGGUGAGAGUGUCCUGAAUGAUGCCGUUGCCAUAGUGAUGAGUCGAACACUCGAGGAUUACGAGGAGAACCUCAAAACUGGUCAGGCCAUGACCACGUCGAUCGUUCUUUUGAAAUCGGUGGGCGAGUUCUUGGGCAUUUUCUUUGCAUCAUUUCUGGUGGGUGGGAUCAUGGGUUGUUUGACAGCGGUGCUCACCAAGUUCACACACAUUCGGCAAUUCCCGGAGCUCGAAUCCACACUAUUUGUCAUCAUGUCCUACUCGUCUUUCCUCUUGGCCGAGGUAUUGAACUUGACCGGAAUCGUAGCCGUCCUCUUUUGCGGUAUUUGUCAGGCUCAUUAUACGUACAACAAUCUCUCCAAUGAGUCCCGGACCAUAACCAAAGAGUUCUUCAACUUACUGAAUUUUAUGGCUGAGAAUUUCAUCUUCUCAUACAUCGGGGUGUCCAUGUUCACUUUUCCCAAGCACCACUUCGACGCCCCUUUCAUCUGCGGCUCUUUCGUCGCUAUUCUCGUUGGCCGUGCCUUGAAUAUAUAUCCCUUGGCGUUCCUCCUGAACUUGGGACGACAGACCAAGAUCACGAUGAACAUCCAACACAUGAUGGUCCUAUCCGGAUUGCGAGGAGCCAUCGCCUUUUCCCUGGCCAUUCGCAACACCCUUACCGAAGCCCGGCAACUCAUUCUCACCACAACCCUGAUCAUCGUGAUCAUCACCGUCAUCGUUUGUGGUGGAUCCACCAUGUCCGUCCUAACGCGAUUGGGCAUUCCUCUAGGCGUGAAUGAUGACGAGAAUAUGCCUUUGGGCUCACCCCAGGCCCAUCAAUACAACAAUGUCGAAGAGGGAGACAACCCCUUGGACCGAUCCCACAUGGGAUCCCACCCCAAUGCACCGGGCUCAAGACCCAAAAAAUCCAUCCUGGCCAAGGUCUGGGGUGGCUUCGAUAGCAAGUUCAUGAAGCCAUUGCUGACGCACAGCAACCCAACCUUGAUGGAGACUCUUCCGAUGUGUUGUCUGCCAUUGGCCAGACUCCUGACGUCUGUGGAGCAACUCUCUCGCCAUCCAGCCAUGCAAAUCUCCGACGAUGACCGGGCUAGUGCUAGUGGGGCAGAGUUUAGCCGUCAGAAUAGUUCGGAUGAACAAGCGGAAACACAUCCGCCCACUGUGAUAUCCAACCCCGCUCUGGCCAAAUCCGCCGCCAAAGUCAGAGCCCAGCCAUUACCUUCCUCGCACAUCUGAAUAAUCCACGGAUCAACGCCAUAUCGUUGAGUUCCCCCUGUUCAGUUUAGGCAACGUCUGUGAUUGAUCCUUCUCCAUCCCCUAUGCAAUGUACUGCACCAUAGAUCUUGCAUUAUCUCGUCUUAUACUGCUCUUUUAUUAUUUCGUAAUCAUCCUAGGCCUUUUUCUCGCCCUAUUAGGCUUCACUACCCAGUCGACACGAUUCAAUUCAUUUCUGCACAUGUCAGGAUCUCGCCAAGAACAUACAAAUACACGCUUGCAGGCACUUCAUUCACA